AUGAGAAACUCAUAUUUGCUGUUGAUCAUUGCCAUUACAUUAGUACAUGGAAUGGAGGAGUCUCUGACCCUUAUGAGUUUAGAGUAGAUGAAUUCUUUAGACACAUCUUCAUUUGACUGUUAACGUCCAUAGUCUGAAUUCAUAUAGAUGGAGAAUUCCUUGUCUUAAUGGCAAGACUUAUUAGAACAUAAAGAUUAUAUUGAUCAUGAUAUUUAAGUACUUCAAGGCAUCCAAGCUAAAGUGGGCCUCAAAGCAUCACAUAAAUAAGUGAUUAAAUCAUUAAGUCAACUUAAAUUACCUAAAACAUCCACAAAGAUAGGCUUAGCUGAAGUUGAAGCACUUAAAUAAUAAUGUGGAUGUCUCAAAAAUUCUGAUGACAAUUGUGAUGCUCUAUUAAAAUUGCUAUCUUAUUUCAUUCUCUCCCUUAGAAAUGUCUAAUCCUAAUGCCAAUAACAUCCAAUAACUGUAAUUAAAAUUAAGGGAAAAAUCCAUGAUCUCUAAGUCAUCAGAGCUGGAUGUGGAGGUACCAUAGAUAUCAAAGGUGAUGAGGGUUGUGAUACUCAAGAAUAAACUUAACCAGAUUAACCAUCAACAGAUCCAACCAUAUAACCAACAGAAGUUCCAGCUACCGAUCCUAUCCCAUAACCAACUACAGAUCCAAUUCCAGAUGAUCAAAAGGAUUCAGAAGAAUCUACAGAAGAAACAACAGUUGAUAUUACUGAAGAAACAGUUGAUACCCCAGAAGAAGAACAGGAAGAUUAAUAACCACCUCAACCUACAGAAGAGACAGCUGAACCCGAAGAAGGAUAAGCUACAGUUGAUGAAAAUCAACCAGAAGAAGAAGGUGAAGCUCCUGAUGCUGAAGAAAAUUAACCAGCUGUUGCAGAAGAAUAAGAAGGAACCCCAGAAGAAACAUAAGCAGAAGAGGCAGUUGAUACUCCUGCUGCAGAAGAGGAAGCUGAUACUCAAUCACCAGAAGAAGAUGGAGCAGAGGAAUAAAUACAAGAUGCUGAAGAAGGUGAAAGCACACAAGAAGAAGUUGAUUAAGCUGAGGAUAUUACUGAACCAGAAGAAGAAAUUGAUAUUUAAGUACCAGAAGAAGGAUCUGAAGAAAAUGUUGCUGAAACAGCAGAAGAAGCAUAACCAGAAAGUGCAGAAGAAAAUGCAGCUGAUAAUGCUGAAGAAGGAUAGGCUGAGAGUGCUGAGGAAAGUGUAGCUGAAGCAACUGAAGAAGGAUAGGCUGAGAAUGCUGAAGAAAGUCAACCUGAAGUAACUGAAGAAGGUGCAACUGAAGAAGAUGCAGCAGAAGCAACUGAAGAAGUGGCAGUUGAAGCAUCUGAAGAAACAGCAGUUUAGGCUGAGGAAGAAGAAUUAUAAAUAAAUGAACCAGCAGAAGAAAUUGAUAUUGAGGUACCUGCAGAGGAAGAGGCAUGUGAAGAAGAGGAAUCAGUUUGGGAAGAGGUAGAAGAAGAAAUUGAUGAAGAGAUUAGUGAAGAAACAUCUUAAGAAAAUUAAAAUUAACCAGCAGGUGAAUCUGAAGAAGAAUAAUCUAGUGGUGAAUAACAAGGGGAAGAAUAAGAAUAAUAAGCAGAUGCUGAAGAGACAGAGAGUUCAGUUGGAGAACCUUUAGAAUUUGAAGAAGAAUAGAAUGAUGAAGUUCCUGCAGAAGAAACUAUUACUGAUGAAGAAACAACAGAUGAAGAAGAGAGCAGUGUUGGUGAUGAGCCAAUUCCUGAUGAUUAAUAAGAUGAAGAGUAGGAAGUUUUACCAGAAGGAUGCAGAUAAGUUCCUGAAGAUGUUUUGGAUAUCAGUUGGUUGAGUACAGAACCAAUUGCUGUAAGUGAUUUACCAGUUACAGAGACUUAAAUAAUUGGUUUAUCAUUUUAUUUCAGAUGGUUAUCAAAAUUCCCAGAUGCUGUUCCUGAAGGAUUGAGUUAAGAAACAAAAUUCUUUGUUGCUGGUUUAGGAAAUGCAUUGAAAUUCUAUGUAGGAUAAGGAGGAUUCCAUUUCAGUUCAUUUGAUGAGAAUGGUUAAGAAACAUAUAAGAAUGCUGGUCAUGGUGAUAUUGAAGGAUAAUGGGUACUUGUAUACUUUGGUAUUUCCAAUUAAAAAGUUACAGGAUUUGCUUAAAUUUAAGGAUAAGAUGUUGAGACAAUAGAAUUUGAUGUAAAUUUGACAUUAGAUGAAUCUUAUCAAUUAGUGAUUGGUGGACCAGAUGGUGAUGUUAAAUCAUUUAAUGGUUAGAUUGCUAGAGUAUUUGCAUUCAAUGAUGAAUUGUACACAGAAACUAGUGAAUUUACUUAAUUUAUUACAAAUUGUUAUGGAAUACCUAAAAAUAUUUAUAGUGGUAAGAGAUUAACAAUUCCAAUUGAGAAGGAGAGAACAUUUGUAUCUCCAGCUGCUUUUGAUUAUGAUAGCAUUUUUGAAAAUAAGAAACCAAUGUUACCAGAUGAGUAUUCUGCUAGUGGUUGGUUCAAAUGGGAAGUACCAAAUGAUUAAAAUAUUUGGCAUUCAGGAUUUAGAUGGACUACAAAUAAUUAAGAGACUAAUCAAAACUUUAGACUCUUGGGAGAUAGAGGACUAUCUUUCUUUGUUGGAGAUGAAGAUAAUUUAUAAGGACAUGUUGCUUUUUGUACAUAUUCUUUCAAGACUGCAAAUGGGUAUUUAAUUUAAAUAUGUUAGUAAAUAAAAAGUUAAUGAUUGUAAAAUGGUUAAGUAUGGAAAUAAAUUGACUGAAUGGUUCUAUGUUUAUUUUGGAUAUAGUAGACAUUUGAAUAAGGCUUAUGGAUAUAUGGAAUUCACACAUGAGAUGGCUUAAAUGGAAUUUAAAGAUGUUAGACAUUAUUAUGCUAGCAAAAUAUAUUUCUAUUUGGGAUAAGAUAAGUUUUAUCCACCUUUCAAUGGCAAAGUAUAAGGAUUCAUGUUAAAUUUCUUUGAUGGAUCUUAUAGAACAUCCAGUUAUGAUUACAGUAUUAUUAUUUAAUUAAAUAUAAAAAAUAGCUUUCGGAUAUUUCCCAAGACCAGUCUAUGAAUAUGAUGAUUCUAAGGAAUUGAUACCAUCUGAACCAGUAUAAAAGAAGAAGUAAUUAUUUUUAUAUAUAUUUUAGAUGUCCAAAAGUUGUUGAAAUCACUGUUGAAAAUGCAUCUGAUGUUUUAUGUGCUUUGAGUAAUUAUUUGUCUGCUGUUGCACAAGGACAUGAUCCUGCUUCAGAUCCUAAAGCUGAAACCUUCUGUUUCUGUUUAGUCUAUGAGGAAGGUAUUUGUUAUUUAUUAAAUAUUAGAAAAUGCAUCUCCUGAUUUGUUGAUGUUGGCUUAAAUAUUUGGUGGAAAGAUUAAAUAAAAAUAAUCUAAUGUUAAUUCCUCAAUCAAGAAAUUGAUAAGCAGAUAGAAUGCACUAUUAAAGUGAUU